GAACACCGAUUCCGAUUGAAGGGACAUCGUUACGUCAGUUUGGGUACAGUUCCUUCUCCUCUACUCUUUGCGCCGUAAGAAAGAAAGCAAAACAGAAGCUCCUCAAGUGAAAUGGCGCAAUUAUCAUCUUCCAAAAGACAUGAACGAGAAGUUUGACAAGCUAGCUAGAGCACUUGAGUUAAAGUCAAAUGAAUUUGACUCCACAUUUUGGGCACUCACGAACGAUUUGCCAUUUGGAUAACCAACUUAAUGCUGAUGCUUUUGAAUUCAAAAUUAUUGUCCGGCAAUCCCACAUACAGACAACUUUGCGCACAAUUGGUGAGGCGUGUACAAGAUGUUUGAUAAAAGUCCUCAAAGAAAGAGGCUGUACAGAACGAUAAUGGGUACCGAAGUUCUUUUGGGGGGCAACAAUUGUGAUGGCUGGGGCAUGUUCAGCAACAGUUCUUAUAGCGUGUUGGCCGUGGUGGCUGCGCAAUAGGCGCGACAAUGGUAUUAAUUAUGUUCGAGGUAAAUUUUCCUUUCUUUUCUUUUUUUUCGUUUUCUAAAUUUUUAAAGCGUCUAAAGACGCAACAGAAGUUUAAAAGUUACGAUGAAUUGAAGUCAGACAAGCAACAUGACAUGUUUCUCUUGUGCUUGAACUUUAAGCACAUAUUAAUGAUGGAGCUUUCCAAUGGGGGUGGCAGUAGGCCAUAACAACCCACCAAUCCGAGAAUACAUACCACUGCAAGGUAAGUCAGACUUUGCUUUUCAGACAAAGCGCAUUCAGAGUGAGCCAUUCAAAAAGUCAUAAGUGGGACUGGAAAAGCAUUGCAUUCUAGAACUGUAGGCCUCACUUUAUUAUUUACAUCUUUUCACACUAUCUUUUUUAUCUUCGCAUUAUUAAUUAGUAUAUGUAUUUUUUUUUUUCUGUUAUCGUAAUUUGAAUACAGCAUAUACUAAAACAUGUGAAUCUCACCUUUUAUUUAUCAUUCCUACAAAAUAAAGGAUAAAAGUAGAGAAGUCCUUGCUCUAGCUAAUUGUGCUUGAAUCAAUGUAAUGUCAAAACAUGUGGCACUCAGCCAAUUGCCCACUUGGCAGGAAAAGAAAGGUUAAUAUCCUCCCCAGCCCCCAACUUGAUAGAAUAGCUGUCCACGUCAUUCCACGAGACAUCUUUUCAUCAUCUAUAUAAGGAGCGUCGGAAUUCCAUACUUCGGUCCAUAACCAAUUAUACUCCCAAAAGCCUCCGACUUUAAUUUUCUGCAUCGACCCUCAUCUCCAUCCUUGUUCUAUGAGGACAAAAAGAAUGCCUACCAUUAACCUAGAUCAAAUUCCAAGUUUUGAAGAACAUGGUAAUGGCUUUGAUCAACAUGAUGUGUUGGUUGAGGAGAUUGAAGGCCUGAUUAGAGUUUACGGAAAUGGGUACGUGGAAAGACCCCAGAUAGUUCCCUGUGUCUCUAAUGCAUUGCCGCCAGAGCUCGGUGUUACUUCUUGGGAUGUAGUUAUGGAUAAGCUGAACAACAUUUGGGCUCGUUUCUAUAUUCCAACACAGUGCCAGGAAAAGCUGCCUUUGAUUGUAUAUUUCCAUGGAGGUGGGUUUUGUGUUGGCUCGGCUGCUUGGAGUUGCUACCAUGAGUUCCUGGCGAAACUUUCUGCAAAAGCUGACUGUAUAAUUAUGUCUGUGAAUUAUCGUCUGGCUCCAGAAAACCCUCUUCCAGCUCCUUAUGAAGAUGGAUUAAAGACCCUUCAAUGGUUGAAACAAGUUGCCUUUGUUGGGGCCAAGCAGAAUUGGUGGUCAAGAUACUGCGACUUUACCAAAAUCUACCUUAGUGGUGAUAGUGCCGGUGGCAACAUAGCCUUCAAUGUAGCUGCCCGACUUGGUGGUAAGACGACUGCUUCUGGAGCUGUGGUCUUGAAACCGUUAGUUAUUAAAGGUAGCAUUUUGAUACAACCAUUUUUCGGUGGAGAGUCAAGGACCAAGUCAGAGAAGUUUCUUGUCCAACCUCCACGUUCGCCGCUGACGUUGGCGGUUUCUGAUACGUAUUGGCGGUUGGCGUUGCCUUCCGGGACAAACCGUGACCACCCAUGGUGCAAUCCUUCGGCGAAAGGAUUGUUUAAGGUGGAGGAUUUGAGGGUUCUGCCUAGUUUGAUAUGUAUAUCAGAAAUGGACAUAUUGAAAGAUAGAAACUUGGAGUUUUGCUCUGCUUUACAUAGAGCGGGUAAGCUGAUCAAUUAUGUGGUUUAUGAAGGAGUUGGCCAUGCGUUUCAGGUUCUGAACAAGUCACAACUCUCACAAACUCGGACCCUUGAAAUGAUUGAUCAUAUCAAGGAUUUCUUGUGUGUAUAGCUUCAGUAGAAUUUGUACAAAAGGGAGACUUUUCACAGUUUUUGUUUUUUUCCUCAAAAGAAAAGAGAGAGCAUUCUUAUCAGAUUUAUCCCUACAUUUUCCGUUUAAUAUUUAUAUACCUCAAUGGAGAUUACUGUACAAGUUGGAAUCUUAUUCAAGCUUGCAAUUUGGAAUGUCCUAUGUGAAUAUAUUACAUCUCUUCUCUGACUCGUACCCUUUACAAACCUUUGCAAUUUUUUGAAGAUGGAAAGGAAACGGAAAAUAGUAAAGCUGCAUUCCAUGUUUACCCUCCACCGGUGAGAUGCAGGUCCCAUAGGAAGAAAUAAAGUGUAACUGUAGUUUUAGCUAAGAGCAGAUGACCAAUUCGGUUUUCUAUGUCGUUCAUUUACCAAUUCUCUUCAUCAUGUGGCAUCUGAGCCACGUGUCCACUGCUUGGAUGAAAAAAAAAAAUUAUUCCAAGGGAUGUUUUUGUCAAUUUAGAUGCCUAGAUUUGGACUGAAAUAUACACCUCUACCUCAUAUCAACGACCAUGAUGUCUCAAGUAGCUAUCUCAUGGAAAUUGAAACAUGUUACUCGAGCACUUGAAAGAUCAAGGGACUAGAUUCGAUCAUGAGUAUCAUCCAUUGACGCACUUGUUAUUCUAACCGUUAAGAUAGGGGUUAACCAAAUCAGGACAAGUUAGCUCUUACAGUUAAAAGACAAUAUUCUAAAGAAGUUUCUAACAAUUGCCCCACUUCUUCUGCUCUUCUUGUCAUAGUAACCGCCAUCUCGAUCUUAUUAAAUAAGAUUCCACUCUCAAUAAUCAAUGUGAUUGGUCAAAAGUUUCACUCGCCGUUCUUGAGCUCUUCUGUACUUUUCUCAAGCUCUUGUCUUCUAGGGCAGCAAACUUUUUAGGCAGUAAUGAAAUUGUCUCUCCUUUUUUUUCGUCUCUAGUCUCACCCUUUUAGAUGCACAACUGGAAAGAAACCUUACUCUCUGAGAAGAGGGACUGACUCUACAUUAGUGGAUGGCUGACGCGACACGGGUGAUAAUGAAGUGAAACUAAGGACAAAUUUUGGGGCCCUCACUUCCCGAAAGGAUAAGUGCCAACUUUAUGACAAUGGAUAUAGGUUGGGGGGCCAAAUUCCCCCAUCCCUAUAGUCUUCGAUGUUGCACAUUGGUGACAAGGCGCUUGCUUUUUCUUGUGUUGCACCAGCCAUUGUAAGAGUUCAUGUCUUCUCUUUCUUUCUUUUUUCCCCGUUCUUUUUAAUAAGAUUAAAUCAUAAAUUUGUUUCCUAGGUUUCGAUGGUUAUAUGUAUUUAACUCCUAUUAUGGCUGUAUAUAUUUAACUCCUAAAAUUUAAAUUA